AAUGCAGAUGAUGCCUUCAGCUACCACAACAAUAUGAAAUUUUCCACAAAAGACAAGGACAAUGAUGUUUCUCCAAAUAAAAAUUGUGCAUCUGUUCACGGCGAACCUUGGUGGCAUAAAGACUGCGCCAGAAUGAUCUUCACGAGAGACAAUGUCAAUGAGCUUGGAUGGUAUCAUUGGUUCACGGGAAGCUAUAAGCAACUGGGGAAGAUAACCAUGAUGGUCCGGAAACCAGACAUUGUUGAUACAACUAUUGGUGAUGUUCCCUUUAACAAUGUAUGGUCAAGUUAUGAAAAUGGAUUUGGAAACAAAGAAGAGGAUCACUGGAUAGGAUUAAACAUUAUCAACCAUUUUACAUCGUCUGGAUGGAGCAGGCUUAGAAUUGAGAUGGAGGAUGUGCUUAGCUACGUUGGUUACGCUCAGUACAGUUCUUUUCUGGUAGGCAGUGCUUCUGUUGGAUACAAACUGACAUUAUCAGGAUAUUCGGGCACUGCUGGAUUUGAUGCCUUUAGCUACCACAACAAUAUGAAGUUUUCAACAAAAGAUCGCGACAAUGACGUGUCAUCAACAAACUGUGCGUCCUACUGCGGCAAUCCAUGGUGGAACAAAAAUUGUUUACAGGUUAAGUUUACAAAAGACGAUUUCAGCGACCUCGGGUGGUACAACUGGUACACCGGAAGUUACAAACCGCUAAAGACAAUCACGAUGAUCAUCCGAAAGCCAGUCAAUUGA